CGGGAGCCGCGAGUGGCGGUUGCUGCGCUGCGGGCCUUGAGGAAAGAUUCAGCUGCUUGAUCUGAAAGAGUCCUGGAAGCAAAGAAGAGGGACUAAGGGGAUGUCAUGUCUGCUACUAAGGAAGAAGAUGUCUGUAAUCAUGUCAAAGUGGUGGUCCGUGUCCGUCCGGAGACUCAAAAGGAAAGAGAGAGCAACUUUACCAAAGUUGUUCAUGUUGUUGACCAACAUAUAUUGGUCUUUGAUCCAAAGGAAGAAGAAGUUAGCUUUUUUCAUGGAAAGAAAAUGACUCAUAGAGAUAUUAAUAAAAGACAAAAGAAAGACCUGAAAUUCGUAUUUGAUGCUGUUUUUGCUGAAACUUCAACCCAGUUGGAAGUUUUUGAGCAUACUACCAAAAGUGUGAUCGACAGCUUCUUAAAUGGAUAUAACUGCACAGUGCUUGCAUAUGGUGCAACGGGAGCUGGAAAGACUCACACGAUGCUGGGUUCCCCUGAAGAUCCUGGUGUGAUGUAUUUAACUAUGAUGGCACUUUAUAAUUCCAUGGAUGAAAUAAAAGAAGAUAAAAUAUGUAAUAUUGCUGUCUCGUAUUUGGAGGUGUACAACGAACAGAUCCGUGAUCUGCUGGUGAACUCAGGACCUCUGUCUGUUUGUGAAGAUACCCAGAAAGGGGUUCAAGUUCAAGGGUUAACUCUACAUCAGCCUAAAUCAGCAGAGGAAAUCCUUCAAAUGCUGGAUUAUGGAAAUAACAAUAGAACACAGCACCCCACAGAUGUAAAUGCCUCCUCUUCCCGGUCCCAUGCUGUCUUUCAGAUUUAUCUAAGACAGCAAGAUAAACCAGCCAGUAUAAGUCAAAAUGUUCGCAUUGCCAAAAUGACUCUCAUUGACCUAGCAGGAUCUGAACGUGCCAGUGCGACAAAUGCCAAGGGGGCCCGUUUUAGAGAAGGAGCAAAUAUUAACCGCUCCCUGCUAGCUCUGGGAAAUGUCAUUAAUGCCUUGGCAGAUCCAAAGAGUAAGAAACAGCACAUUCCUUAUCGAAACAGCAAGCUCACUCGCUUAUUGAAAGAUUCUCUGGGAGGAAACUGCCGAACAAUAAUGAUAGCUGCCAUUAGUCCAUCAUCUAUGUUCUAUGAUGAUACAUAUAAUACUCUUAAGUAUGCAAACAGAGCAAAGGAUAUCAAGUCUUCGCAGUUGAAGAGCAAUGUUGUUAGUUUGGACAGUCACAUAAGCCAGUAUGUUAAAAUUUGCAAUGAACAAAAGAAAGAGAUCCUAAUGUUAAAAGAGAAACUGAGAGAAUAUGAAGAAAAGCAAGGAAACAUUCCUGGAAAUCCUGAUGCUGCAGUGCUUUCAAACAACCAACAAGUGAUAAUGCAAAGGUACAAAGAAAUCCUUAAAAGUGUGUUUGCCAACCGUGAAGAAAUCAGAAAAGAAUACCUCAAGUUGGAAAUGCAACUAAAGGAAAAUGCACUGAAGACGCAUUACCAGAAACAAUGUCAUGAACAAAUUCAACUGAUGUGCUCUGAAAAAAGAAUAGAAAAGGCCACUUGCAAGAGGGACCAAAGGCUUGCAAUGCUUAGAACUCACCGUGUGCACAUACAGCAGAAGAGAGGGGAGGAGGCUGAACGUUUUGAGGAAAAUACCAGUUGGCUGCAUCGUGUUGAGAAUGAAAUGCGUCUACUGAGUCAAGAUGGGUGCAUUCCAAAGGAACUCUAUGAAGAUCUGCAGUGUUGCCAUUUAAACCUAGAAGUUAAGGACCUGAAAGCCCAAAUUGAGCAUAUGUUAUCUCUGGUGUCCCUUCAAGAUCAGCAUUAUAAACAGACAGAAAAAGUACUAAAUACUUUGCUUCCAGUUCUUCGCAAGCAGUACCUGACUUUGAAAGAAGCUGGCUUGACAGAUAAUGUAUCUGAGACUGAAUUUGGAGAGGUUGAGCAGCUGAUACAAAGACAAAAAUCAGUAGUUUGGGCUGACCAGGCUGAAAAGAAGGAACAAAAUCAAAACCAUGAGCUAGCAUUGUCUGCUAUCUUUGCGUUCCCACAGCUUGUGAACAGACCAAACACCCCAUGCCGUACAACAUUUGGUACACCAUCACAAGAAAUGAGUAAAAAUACACUGCAAACAGUAGAAUUUGCAGUACCACAACAGAAAAGAACCAGGCGGAAGCUAAUGGACUCUCCGGCCACAGCUCAAAGUCCUGCUGCAUCCAAGCAAUCUAGUCUGUGUCAUCUGGAGGAUUCCCUUACCAAAGAGGUCUGCCCUAUUGUGUAUACACCAGAAUUUUGCAGGAAGCCAGUAGAGAGCUUGUCUGCAGAGACUGUGGUAAAGAAGGCUUUAUACCUUGCUGGCCUUCAGGAAGCCAAGGUGUGUGAUAUAGAUAUGCCAGUGAAAAAGGAGAGUGUUUUGGACACUACAUGUGACAUAAUACCAGAGUGCACUGAAGCUGACAUGAACUCAACUGUAAUUCUCUAUGAAGGGACAGAUGAAAGAACAGAAAUGUCUACUGAGUCACCUGUGAAGGAGUCACAGCCAUGCAUCGAUAGCAUUCUGCACAGACUUGAACUCUCUUCCUUAAAAAACAAAAAUCCUACGUCAGUACUUGAGAAGCCCUCCUAUAUGGCAAUGACUUCUGCUGCUGAGAGAAAAAGAAAAAUAUUAAGUUCUACAUCGAAUACUGGGCUAGGUAGCCUGCAAGAUACCGUUUCUGCAAAACGCAUUCGACAGGAGAUCUUGUUAAGCCACACAGCUUUGCGAGUACCUAAAAUGGCAGGAACAAAAACGAGGAGCUGGAAACAAGAACAGGAUGUGCCAAGAAACCUAGUUAGGAGCUUUUCUGAAGGAAAUGUAGCAUUUGGUGUUAAAUCAAGGACAUCACAAAAUCCUUUACUUCGUGUUUCUAAGAAAAAAAAAUAGGGUUUACUUCUGAGUUCAACCAUAUUUCAAGCAGACUGGAUGGACAACAAAUUUGAACAGGCAGACUUUUGAUUUCCUUCUGUGAAUUCUUUUGUAUUAAAGAUGUCUCAGUAAUGCACUAUUUCAGUAAGAACCACUUCUUGGGGAAGAAAAAGGAUUUUGUUAAAUUCUAAAUUAAAAUAAGUUAUUUUUUUGUCUCCUCUUAGCUUACCAAUGUUUUUGGCAUAUUAACAAAUAAAAUAAGCAAUUUUAUUUCAGUGUACCUUUUGGCAUAAUAUUUUUGAGUGUUUCCCUGUGUUUGACUAGCAAUUUAACACUUCAGAUGAUGCAAGUCUUUAAGGGGAUCAGUCAUACUGUAAUUUUUAGAUGCUAUCUUAAAUUGCUACCUACAGUCAGUCUUAAUUUUCAAUGGGAAUUUUGUGAUGCAAAAGUUAAAAUAAUUUUGACCUGCUAAAUCACUUUGGCUGUGACUUUUUAAUGUUAAAAUUGUUUUUUCAUUUGGAAGCAAGUCAAACAGAUGCUAAUACUAAAACGCUUUCCUGCUUAGCAUUAGGAUGCCAGUUUAUUCUUAGAUAUGUUCUGAUAGAUACUACCAAUGUAGCACCAAGAGACACAAAUACGUACAGAAAGUUUUUUUUAAUUAUUAUAUGGAGAUGUUUUUAGCCUUUUUUUAGUCUGUUGGUUGUAAAUGUUCCUGUUUUGUUAAAUUUUUUGAUUCAGUUGUAAAUAGGA